AGGAUGUCACGCCUUGGUGUCCUAAUUUUGCUUGUCGGGGUGUUUAUAAAACUCAUAGUAUGCCAAGCUCCACCAAGAGGAGUCCAUUUUCUUGGCAAGGGUUACAACCAGGUGACUGGCAAUCCUGAAGGAGAUCCCGGGAAGUUUGGCGGAGUGGAUCCUGGCAUCCAAGAUACACGGAGCAUCAUUCAAUUGACUUAUGCGAGAAAUAAAUUAACGAGUGACCUACGGUACAAAGUGCCAGACCAGGUGUUUUACGGACCAAGAGAGUCGUGUACGGAAUCAGCAGUUUUAUCGGUCGUGUAUAGUUCAGAAAGUUACCAAAGGGGACUCAAAGAAAGCGUUGAAACUUCCUACAGUGGUGGGUUCAUGAAAGGUGUUCUUGAGGUAUCGUUUUCGGCCAGUCAAAGAUUUGCUGAAAUGAAGAAACAUACCUCGGAUGAGAAGAAAGUCUUUUUCCAGUCGAAAAACGAGUGUUUGUAUGGUACUGCACGACUCAGGCUAGAAUCUGCACGCUCUGAAAAGUUCAAAGUCACUAAAAGUUUUAGGGACGCAAUUUGUUCACUGCCCCUUCAUGAUACCAACGCUUUCAUGAGGUUUAUAGAUACCUGGGGAACUGACUUCAUAGAUCUGGUGAAAUUAGGCAGUAAGGAAACAAAUAGAUCGGAGGAAAGUGAGACAUCAUUUCUAGAAGACGUCAGUAAAGAGGUUGGAGGAGGUUUUUCUGCUGGGGGCUCAUAUAAGCUACACUCGGGGAGUCUAAAAGUCGAUAUGGAAUCUAUACGAACAAGUCUGAUCAGUAGAAAAGCUCAAUCCCACAACAGAAAGACUCUAAAAUCUGGCACGAAGGAUAAUCCAGAACCAAUCCAUCUUCGACUGACGUCCAUCCACGGGGUUUUGACCGAUAAUUACUUUGAAGGCAUGAAAUGUCCAGGUAUUUCAUCCAUGUUUCCGGUGGCUGAAAAGAUGAAAACUGCACUAAUGGGAUACCCUAUAUGGAAAAAGCUCUCAAAGCCAACAGGUCGUAUUAUACGUUUACCUGUCGCUUGGCCGCGGGGUACCUAUGGUCUACCUAAAACAAACACUGGCUGUCCAAAUGAUGGAACUUGGCAUUCAGGCUGGAGAAAGCAUGACACUGAAACUAACAACUGGUGGUCUCACCCACUGCAUUUCCCAGUUAAUUCGUACUGGAAGAACGAUAUAUACCAACAUUUCUGUACGAAGACUGAUACCACUGGUUACAGUAACUGGCCAGAAGGGGAAUAUUGUAUAUACAAAUCCAAGAUCUGUCCAAAUGAUUUCGAAGAAGGAUGGAUCAAAUGGGAUGACGAAGAUAGUAAUAACAAGAAUAUGAAUGGUGGUUAUAGGCCCGAUAUGGUAGCGACACGCGACACUAUAAUCUUCUACUGUUGUCGUAAUGACGGUCAUGCCACUAAUGGAAUUGACCUACCUAUGACGUCACCGUUUUACUUGUUUCCUAUAAAGGAUUAUUGUCAGAAGGUCAACGGAAUGAAAUCUACAUUAGAAUAUUUCAGAUUUGAUUGCGAGGAUAGCAGUAACAAGAAUCGUGUGGGUGGACUUGUACCUUAUCAUGGAACCAGUAAUCGUGACCAUACCAUCCAUUACUGUUACUAUACUAGAGAUUUACCCGUUAUACAAGAUUGCGGUGCAGACCCUUCAUACAUUGGGGCCCGAACGAUCAAAACAAAAGACGGGAGAAGCUUUAAUGCGUACUGUGAGAUGGGUUGGACCUACUUUUCCCAGCGCUUUGACGGGACUGUCAAUUUCUUCCGUAACUGGGCUGAGUAUAAAAAUGGCUUUGGGAAUGCAAAGGCUGAGCAUUUCGUGGGUCUCGAUAAUAUUGUUAGUUUAUUGAAACAAGGAAACUACAAACUUCGUAUUGAUUUGAUAGCAUGGUUUACGAAGACACAUAAGUAUGCUGAAUAUACAACCUUUAGAGUCGCUGAUGGGAGUGAUAAAUAUCGGCUCACUAUUGGGGGCUACAGUGGAACGGCAGGGGAUAGCAUGUCAGGUCAUAACAACAUGAGGUUUUCAACUCACGAUCAAGAUAAUGAUGCAUGGCCGUUUGGUAAUUGUGCUGCUACAUAUACAGGUGCUUGGUGGUACAACAGCUGUCAUUUUUCCAACCUAUUUGGCGUGUACAACCGUCAUCCUGUGUGUCCACGUUUUGCACAAUGUAUAGCCUGGUAUAAAUGGCCUGGUAAUCUGGUGGCAGGGAGGGACAAUUAUUGGUACUCUUUCCCUAUAUUUACCAUGAAGAUUAUUCGCAAAUAGACUGUUGGCAUUUCUAUUUCGCCAAACAGUUGUUUACACGAUUAACUUUGUUCCUAGAAAACGCACCGAUUUGGAAUUUAAAUGUACAAAUUAGAGUACCUAAAAUAUAUUUCGAAAG